UGCUUCUCUCUCGAUUUUGCUUUCUGUCCCUCGUCCUUAUUCUUUUCGGAAAUAAGAAAAUUCUCGUGAAUUUUGUGUCCUCAGAUCCGUUAUUGCUUCUGUUUCCUUUGUUUUUUCGUUUUCCAUCACUGCUUUCGAUUUCUAACGUUGCGUCUAGUUUCUUUUUUCUGUUCAAACGCUUGCACGUUUGUCUGCUUUUCUACAUUUUCGUUUUCAUGUACUACUUGAUUUUGUUUAUUUUCCUUGUUUAUGCUAAUCUUAAUGCAAUGUGCGAACUUUCACCUGCUAAUGCACUUUAAAAGACGUUAUACACUUCUAUCAUGUUGGUCGGUGUCAUGUUCCAGAUAAGUUCGUCCCGCAAUGUGUUCGUUUGCUUAUCGUUUUCCGUUCUUUUUCUUACUGUAGAACGUGCUGUAAGAUAAUUAUGAUUAUUCGCCAGCAUUUUUUCUGCACGAGAUUUAAAUUGUUGAUUAGAUAUCAUAAGUCUUCUGUUGUUUUAGAAGUUGUCUUUUUAUGUUAUUUCUCACUUUAAAAACUGUCAAUUAGUAAUUGUCCAUUACUGCAUUCUGAUUCGGUGCCUGUUCUUGCUCAAAUUGGUUUCCUUGAUUACCCAUUAGGACAUAUUGCAGCCUGGUUAAAGAAUGUAAGGAAGACCAGACAUAGGUGAUGCAUGUAUGUAGAUUCUUAACUAAAAUAAGAAAAGAAAUAUGAAAUGGAAUAAUCCCAUAUCGGGAAGAAAUUGGAAGAUUGAUGGUAUGAACCUGUGUUGGAAGGGUAAAUAGUGUUCAUUCUCACUGCCCCCCAUAUCACAUAUGUUCUAGGUCUUGGCUGGCAACUUGUUCCAGAAUCAAAAGAUGAUGAUACCAAUGCUCUCAAGGCAGAACAAAAGAAAUGCAAAGAAGACGAGGGAGGUCUAUUAAAAUUGCCAGCUUUUACAAAAUGGAUUUAGAAGAUGAAUUUCUCACAAAAGUUUCUGGUGUCCAAAGCCUGUCUUCCAGUGUACAAAGCACUCCAGUGAAAAAUGGGCAUUUCGAUGAUGCUGCAAGAAGUCCAGAACUCCUUCAAGAGUUUCUGAAAUCUGGUCCAAAGAAGGAACUUCUUCGAGCUUGCUUUGAUAAGGAAAAGAAAAAUUCAGCUUCAUCCAAAAGCAAAAUGGCAGAAAUUUCAAAGAUGAAUAAUAAAAAUAGGAAGCAGGACACUAGAAAAGCUUCUUCCAGUUCCAACUGUCAGCCUUCCACCAGAAAGCAAAGCAGAAAGGGUGAUCAUCCCACCCGAGUCCCACCUGCUCCUGAGCAGUCUUCAGAUUUUGGAUGUGCAAAUUCAUGGAUCUGUAAAAAUUCUGCUUGUAGAGCCAGUAUAUCCAUCGAUGAUACCUUUUGCAGAAGGUGUUCUUGCAAUAUAUGUCAUCAUUUUGAUGAUAAUAAGGACCCUAGUCUUUGGCUGGUGUGUGCAUCUGAAUCUGGUGAGGGAGACUACUGUGGUUCAUCUUGCCAUAUUGAAUGUGCUCUUCAACAUGAGAAGGUGGGGGUUGUUGAUCUUGGGCAGUUGAUGCAGCUAGAUGGCAGUUAUUGUUGUGCCUCUUGUGGUAAAGUUUCGGGAAUUCUUGGAUUUUGGAAGAAGCAGCUAAAUAUAGCAAAGGAUGCCCGUCGUCUUGAUGCACUAUGCUAUAGGAUAUACUUGAGUUUCCGCAUCCUUGAAGGAACUAGCCGGUUCAGAGAACUUCAUGAGAUUGUGGAAGGUGCAAAGGCAAAACUGGAAGCUGAAGUUGGCCCUGUCAAUGGAACUUCUGCCAAGAUGGCACGGGGCAUUGUUAGCAGACUCCCUGUUGCAGGUGAUGUGCAGAAACUCUGCUCCCUGGCAAUUGAGAGAGCAGAUGAAUGGCUUGCCAAUACCUCUGCCUUAAAUCCA